CAAAAACAUUCUAAAAAUGGGAGCUUUAACCUUAGGAUCUCCAAUGGCAGGAAUAAGUUGUAUGUCCAGAAAGUGGAUGGUGUUGGAGGUCCCUACUGAGAAUAAGGGCUGUUGUGGAUUUCCAUCUUUCCUUCCUAAGGAAGUUCACAAAAUCAAAGACCCUUUUGCCAGAACUUUGGCUCAGAGAAUCCAGAGGCUUCCUGUCCAGGUUGGACUGUCUGAAGGGUGUAUAAUGAGUAGUUGUGUGAAGCCAAAGAUACAAAGCUGCGGCGCAAAUCCAGUGGUUCUUCUCCACUGUUUUGACAGUUCUUGCCUGGAAUGGAGGUGUGCAUAUCCCUUGCUUGAGGAAGCUGGCUUAGAGGCCUGGGCCAUAGAUGUUCUUGGAUGGGGUUUCUCUGAUUUAGCAAGGCUUCCUCCUUGUAACUCAGCAUCAAAGAGAUACCACUUGUACCAGCUCUGGAAGGCUCAUAUCAAACGACCGAUGAUACUAGUUGGCCCGAGCCUUGGUGCUGCAGUUGCAAUCGACUUCGCCGUCAAUUUCCCAGAAGCUGUUGAUAAAUUGGUUUUGAUCAAUGCAAGCGUUUAUCUGGAAGGCGCGGGAUUUUGGACAAAGCUGCCAAGAAUGAUGGCUUAUGCUGCAGCCUCUCUGCUGAAGAGCAUCCCGGUAAGGAUGUAUGCGAAACUAAUGGCUUUUGAUGGUAUAUCGCUGUCUACCUGCAUCGAUUUGACUGAGGUAAGCCGGCUACACUGUCUGUUACCCUGGUGGAAAGAUGCCACUGUUAACUACAUGCUCAGUGGGGGGUACAAUGUUGUUGAUCAAAUCAAACAGGUCAAACAAGAAACUCUCAUCAUCUGGGGCGCCUGCGAUAACAUACUCAGAAAGGAGCUUGCUCAUAGACUGAGAAGUGAGUUGCCCAAUGCGAUUGUGAGUCUGAUCCCAAAAUGUGGCCAUCUGCCCCAUGUUGAGAAGCCAGACUCAGUGGCAAAGCUGAUUGCAGAGUUUACAAAUGGCAAAAAGGAGGCAUCUUUUCUUUAGUUUAGCAUAUAUUUUGUGUUCAUCUUAUGGUGGGUUUACUUAAACAUCUUUUCUUUAAGCUGUAAUAAAGUUGUAUGGUUUGAAAUUGUAAAAGAAGUGGCCUGAAA